ACGUGACAGCGCCUGGCGGUCACGUGACUGCCGGCGGGUUCCGGGUGUGUGUUUUCUUCGGUUUUACGGACCUUAACUCCAGGUAAACAUUCUUUUUUCUCAGCUCCAGCCGAACUGAACCGGUCCGGUUCCGUCCUCAGGGCUCAGUCUUCACUCUUUACUAAACCGGCGGUUCUAAAGCUUUGAUCCAGCAGCCCUUAUCCGGUUUCGGUUCGAAAGAGCUCAUACUGGUAUUAGGAGAUCACGUGACCCGACCCAGACGAACCCCAGAUUGGAAGGCUCCUUGGUCCGGUGGUUCUGUAGUUCUGCGAUUCCACUCCUUCAGCCAUGAGUUUGUCUGACAGCGAGGACGACGUCUACAACGAACGGACGGCGUUGGUGGCGUCCGAGAAGCCGCCGGUGCCGUCCUACAGGCCCAGCUCGGACGGCAGCCCCCCCGACGGCUCGCCCCCCGGACGCACGAGGGCGAGUGGACUCGCACGCGGAGGCGCCACGGACAGCGACCAGGAGCUGGAGGCGGGAGAGGAGGAGCUGCCGCUGAAGUACGGCGCCAAGCACGUCAUCAUGCUGUUCGUCCCCGUCACGCUCUGCAUGCUGGUCGUGGUCGCCACCAUCAAGUCCGUCAGCUUCUACACGGAGAAGACCAACCAGCAGCUGAUCUACACGCCGUUCACAGAAGACACGCCCUCCGUCGGCCGCCGCCUCCUAAACUCCGUCCUCAACACCAUCAUCAUGAUCAGCGUCAUCGUGGUCAUGACCAUUUUCCUGGUGGUCCUCUACAAGUACCGCUGCUAUAAGCGAGGUCUUCAUGACCUACAACCUGGCGGUGGACUAUGUGACGGUGGCCAUGAUCAUCUGGAACUUCGGGGCGGUGGGGAUGAUCUGCAUCCACUGGAAGGGCCCCCUGCAGCUGCAGCAGGCCUACCUGAUCCUCAUCAGCGCCCUGAUGGCACUCGUCUUCAUCAAGUACCUGCCGGAGUGGUCGGCGUGGGUCAUCCUGGGGGCCAUCUCAGUCUACGACCUGGUGGCCGUCCUCAGUCCUAAAGGACCCCUCAGGAUGCUGGUGGAAACGGCGCAGGAGCGCAACGAGCCCAUCUUCCCCGCCCUCAUCUAUUCCUCAGCCAUGAUGUGGGGCGUGGCCAUGGCGAGCCCAAUGGACGCUCACGGCUCUGACACAGAUGAGGAGGCGGAGCAGAGGAGGGAAAGGGCGGAGCCUCCGAGUGGACAGUAUGGGGCAGAAGACGAGCCGGAGGAGGACCGGGGGGUGAAACUAGGCCUGGGGGACUUCAUCUUCUACAGCGUCCUGGUGGGGAAAGCGGCGGCGACCGGCGGCGACUGGAACACCACCAUCGCCUGCUUCAUCGCUAUCCUCAUUGGCCUUUGCCUGACGCUGCUGCUGCUCGCCAUCUUUAAGAAGGCUCUGCCGGCGCUGCCCAUCUCCAUCACCUUCGGCCUCAUCUUCUACUUCUCCACUGGGUUCGUGGUCCAGCCCUUCAUGGACAGCCUGGCGGCCCAUCAGUUCUACAUAUGACCCAGCCCCGCCCUCUGAUGGCCCCGCCCCUCGUUACCUCGCUCCUCCUCUCUGCUGCCGUCUGCCCACGAAGUGGACAAAGAUGGCUGUCUGCUGAGUCACAGGAAGUGAUGUCACACCCGAAUGGGCGUCACUUGAUAGGUGUGGGAGGAGCCAAGCCCAACAGCUGACUGUCAGACACCUUCUUUAGUCUGAGGUUUGCAAACUGAAGGAGAUCAUCUAACCCAAAGCAGCCAAAAACUCCAUUACCCACGAUCCUCUGGUGCAGUGGCGCUCUCACUCAGGUCUUUGUAGUUCUAAUCAUCACUGAAGAAAAUGUUUGUUUAUAAAGCAUGACCUCUCCAGGC